AUCUUUGUUGUACAUGAUGUUGCUAAGCAAACGCACUUUACUGAAAUCAGCACUUGUGUGGAGUUAUUUCCUUAUCGGCUCUAAUGUGUUCAAGAAUAUUUAAAAUGUUGCCAAGAUAAAGCAUCGGAAUGAAUGUCCAACACCUUAUGUUCAAGAUGUCAAGUAAAGCCUCUUCGUUCCUAAUAGCAAUCACGUUGCUAGCCAAUUUGAUAACAGUAAAUAUGACAGAGACCAACGAAGUGGAAAUCCAAACUAGGCUGGGAAACAUAAUAGGAUUGCAGCAAGUAACAAAUAGAGGAACUGUAUAUCAGUUUCUCGACGUACCUUACGGUAAACCUCCUAUUGGUCAUCUUCGUUUUCAAAAACCGCAACCUUUUGGGGCAUGGUCCCAGACUUUAAACGCAACAAUUCUGGGUCCAAUGUGCUACCAGUCUAGACAACAAACAACAAAAUACCCAGGAAUAAGCGAAGAUUGUUUGAAGCUCAACAUCUAUGUUCCCACUGGAGUUGUGUCUUCCAAUAACAAACCAGUAAUGGUAUGGAUCCACGGUGGGGGAUUUGUCUACGGUUCAGGAGGAGACUACGAUGGUAGUUCAUUGUCCUUAAACGGUGAUGUUAUAGUAGUAACUAUGAACUAUCGACUAGGAAUUUUCGGAUUUCUACAAUCAAAGAAUUACAAAGCAAAAGGCAAUGCGGGUCUUUGGGAUCAAAUACUUGCCCUUAACUGGGUAAGAUAUAAUAUUAAAGAUUACGGAGGGAAUCCAAAAGAUGUAACAAUAUUUGGAGAGUCCUCAGGCGGCAUGAGCGUGUCCUUACAAUCAUUGAUUCCUAGUAACAGGGGUCUAUUCCAUAGGGUCAUUGCUCAAAGUGGAGUUGCUAACUCUUUUUUAGCACUCCCAAAUACAGCUGCUCAACAUACCAUUGAAAUCGCUGAAAUGGUUGGUUGUUCACACGUUAGAUCUACAAAUGAGGAAAAUUUUAUUGAAUGUUUGCAAUCUGUAGAUGCAGCCAAUCUUGUCAAUGCCACUGAUUAUUUAUUCGUAGGAAACGAAUUAAAGUUUAUGGCAGAUUUACCUUUUGCACCGGUAAUUGAUGGGGAACUAUUCCAUAAGAACCCAGCUAUUUUGUUAAAAGACCGUACUUCAUCCGAGUUUACUUUUUUUCAAUCAUUGGACCUGAUGGUUGGAACCUGUGAUAAUGAUGGCUCUGAAGCUUUGGGGUUAUCGUCUAGCUUUCAGUCGCAAUUAAAUGUAGAUUUCAGCAAAGGCUUGCCUACACGGGUGUUCUGUGAGAGCAUUAUUACCGAAUUUUCAAAAACAUUAUACAACAACAGCAGGGAUGUUUCAGCUGCAAUUUGCGAGAAGUAUUCUGUCACAAAUGAUAAUCAAGAACAAGCUCGGAUGUUUUUGAAUAUGUACGGAGAUGCUGGUUUCGUCGCUCCUGCAACUCUUGUCUUGAAACAACACUCGAAUAGUCUUCAAGGAUCAACAACAUAUCAAUUUGUGUUUUCUGAAGAACUUCCUUUUCUUAACCCAGAUGCUCCAUCAUGGUAUAAGGGCUCGGCACAUGCAUCGGAUUUAUAUUUUAUGUUCUAUUAUGAAGAUAUGAAAAAAGAGUCGAAUUUUUCAAAGGAAACUGAUGUUUUAGUUGACCAAAUGAGAUCAUACUGGACCAACUUUGCAAGGACAGGGAACCCAAAUGGUCCAAAUUUGGCAGAUUGGAGAUCAUUUGAUGAUAACACAGAUCAUCCAUUCAUGAACUUGCAGGCCUCAAAUAUAUCUUUGGGAACAAACUAUAGAAAAGAAUAUACCGAUUUCUGGAAUCAAAAAUUACCGUACAUAUUUCAACAUAGAUGUGAUGAAAACAGCUGUGCAUUGCCUAUUGUUGGAUAAUGUGUUGUAUGUAUGUAUGUAUGUGUGUGUGUGUGUGUGUGUGUGUGUGUGUGUGUGUGUGUGUGUGUGUGUGUGUGUGUGUGUGUGAAUUACAAGCCGCUGUUAUGCGCAAAUAAAAAUUUUGAAGAUGGGGAACUUGAGUCCUUUUCCCCCAUUUUAUGAGGUAAUACAACAUUUGCCUACCUGAUUAUAACUUUUUUUUUUAAAUUUAGAAAGCGUUUAUCGAUUUUGAAAAAUAGAACCAAUCGCCUAUAUUACCAAUUACAAUCAGUUACAAAUUAUUUUUUUCUUCAGUUCUGUUUGUUAACUUCUUUUUGAAAUACGACGGAUUUUUAACAAUUUAAAUGAUUUAUCAUUUUAUUAUUUUACAAAAUUGUGUAACAUGACCUUUUAUAUGAUUUUAAUGUGACAUGCGAUAUUAUAGAUACAAAGUCACUAAAAGAAAUACAUUACAAAUGAUGAGUUUUUGUUCUAAUAUUUUAAUGCAUAUCACAAAUGUCUUUUUGAUAAUAAACUAAUGUUUUACGGA